CCGACGGAAAGGGGCGGAGACGUUAGGCUACAUUUAGCUUGAAGCUAAUCAAAAGCUAACUGCACGGUGUUACCUACGAGGUAGGAAAAAACAUAGUCAAACGCCGACGAUAUUGGCGCAGAAUUAAAGCCAAGCGUGUUGCUGUGGUCCUCUUUCGGGCAUAUCUCUCAAAAAGGAACAUUUUGGGUCAGCGCUGGACCUAAAAUCUCCAGGUGUACGUAAAGAAUAUGAGCCUGACUGCAGAAACCCCAAACGAUGGCCCCAGUGUUACAGAAGAGAGCAAGUUGCCCGCCGUGGAAAAGAAGGACAAGAAGGCUGACGAUGUAGCUGAGGAAGAGGAGGAGGAGGAAGAGUACGUGGUGGAGAAGGUUCUCAACCGGCGGGUUGUCAAAGGGAGAGUAGAGUACCUUCUCAAGUGGAAAGGAUUCUCAGAGGAAGACAACACGUGGGAGCCAGAGGACAACCUGGACUGUCCCGACCUUAUCGCAGAGUUCCUCCAGUCUCAGAAGUCGGCGCACGAGGGCAAACGAAAGGCCAGUGAAGGAGACGGAGAAGAGAGUAAAUCCAAGAGGAAGAAAGAUGACACGGAGAAGCUGAGAGGCUUCGCCAGAGGUUUGGACCCAGAAAGAAUCAUCGGUGCCACUGACUCGACGGGGGAGCUCAUGUUCCUCAUGAAAUGGAAAAACUCUGAUGAAGCAGACCUUGUUCCAGCCAAGGAAGCCAACGUUAAGUGUCCGCAGGUGGUCAUCUCGUUCUACGAAGAGCGGCUCACUUGGCACUCGUACCCCAGCGAAGAUGAGAAAAAAGAUGACAAAAACUAAAAAAAAAAAAAAAAAAAAAAAAAUUUGUGGUUUUUUGGAUUCUGAGGGAGGGGACUCGGUAGGGCGUGGGAUUGAACACUUCACAGUCUGACGCUGGUUGUGCUUUUAUGUGUUUAGAAUGUCGUCAUCCUGCUUGCCACCGUGUCCAUGCAGUGUUCAAUUUUGUCAUUUCACACCUUCACCCAUCACACUCGUAUUGUAUUUCCAUGUCGCCUUUUUAUUCGCCCCGCCCCCUCCAGGUCAUCUUAGACGUCGUGUUCUUAUGAUAAUCCGUUCGUUGUAAUGAUUCAAAUUUUGGUGGUGGUUGUUUUUCAUGUCUCGCUGUCAUUUUUGGACAAUAAACUCACUUUUUGUUAA